AGCUUCACUUAUUGAAAGCCUAAACCAAUUUAGCCAAUCUCUCUCCUCUCUCUCAUUCUCUCUCUCUCUCUCACCGAGAAAUCAUGUCUUCUCCGAGCAAGCGUAGAGAAAUGGACUUGAUGAAACUGAUGAUGAGUGAUUACAAAGUAGAGAUGAUCAACGAUGGAAUACAAGCAUUUUACGUAUACUUCAAUGGACCUAAUGAGAGUCCUUACCAUGGUGGAGUAUGGAGGAUAAAAGUGGAACUUCCUGAUUCUUACCCAUAUAAAUCUCCUUCUAUAGGCUUUAUCAACAAGAUCUACCACCCAAAUGUUGAUGAGAUGUCAGGCUCAGUUUGUUUAGAUGUGAUCAACCAGACAUGGAGCCCAAUGUUUGAUUUGGUAAAUGUGUUUGAAGUGUUCCUUCCUCAACUUCUUCUGUACCCUAACCCGUCUGAUCCUUUGAACGGGGAGGCUGCUGCACUUAUGAUGCGUGACCGGGCUGCCUAUGACCGUCGAGUUAAAGAGUAUUGUGAGAAAUACGCAAAGCCAGAAGAUGCAGGAGCUGCAGGGAUAGAAGAAAAUUCGAGCGAUGAGGAGCUGAGUGAAGAUGAAUACGACUCUGCUGAUGAUGCUGUUGUUGGACCCGUGGAUCCAUAGCCUCUUUCUGCAAAUUUCUCGUAGAAAUGUGCUUUGUGUUAUUGUACAAUGUAUAUCAUGUUCUUCAUCAUCUUCUAGUUUAUGAUGUGUUAAAAAGAGAAAGAAGUAUUAAUUGGAGGAGAGGGGUGAAAAUCAUCUCAGACCCUUUUGUCAAAAUUAACCUCUUUCUCAUUGUAAAUAAAUGGAUCAAUCAAUGGUUAUGUUUUAAAUCAUCAUCUGUUUGUUCAAUUU